AUUGUCGACAGAAAAAUGUGCACCCGUGUGAUAUCGGUGGUACUUUUGCUGUUUGUGGUGCUACUUUCGACGGCUUCUUCAUCGACCCCAACUCGGAGUAAUUCCCGACAAAUAGAGCUGCAGACGAAACCUCCACGAAGAGGACGUUUCCUGGGACUUCUUGGACUCCUGACAGGACUCACCCUGGUCGAUUCGCUGGAGGAUUCCGAUUCGGUUCCGGUUCAUCGAGCUCCCGCCGGUUCGGUGAAGAUUAAUUUCGGGCGACCGUACAUGGAAUCGUCCUACAUUCAUUACGCGUACAAUCCGUUCUACUAUGGGGCGGUCCCUUCGAUAAAUAUCAAAAUUCCCUUCCACUCCGAGGGGGAUCAUGGGGAUUUCGGCGGCGGAGGAGGGGGAUUUGGUUCUGGUGGUUUUGGAGCGGGUGCUUUUGUUGGUGGAGGCGGAGGUGGUGGAGGAGGAAUUGGAGGACAUCAUGGAGUUGGUGUUAUUGAGCCGAGACCAAUUCUUGGCGAUGAACCGCAAGAAGUACCGGAAGAAUCCCUCAAGGAAGUACAAAAAAAGUUCAAAUCAACCAUCAAAUUGAAAAGAUCCAGACUCCCAACAACACGCCUUAUUCGGAGUACUUCCAGCAAUAAGAUCAAAGUUGAGGUCUCCACCACUGCUCCAGAGACCCCUACUAACCAGCUAGAUGAACCAGUUACAGCUGCUUCCGAUCCGGCAGCUCCAGAAUUACCACCACCAGCUCCAAUUUCAACGGUUGAACCGCUUGUGGCUACUCAAGUUAUCACAGCAAUUCCAGUCACCGAAGAUCAUAGCUUGGACCUCAAACCGGAUGCUCCACAACCGGUCAACGACACACCGGCUGCGUUUGUGCUUCCGCAAUCAUACUUUGGCCACCAUAGUGGCACCCUUCAGGAUCCAUCCACCAUCAGUCUGACGUCUACGGAACGUCCUCAAUCCUCGGCUCCUCUGGCAGAUUCUCAGCGAGCCCCAUUCCGGCCUAGCCGACCGGACCGACUUCAGGAUUAUUACAGCAGUUUUCCAUCCGUAAGUGUUGCAGGCGGAGGAGUUUCUGGCUACAGUCCCCAGGAAUUUCGUCCCAUUGUGUAGACUCGUCGGGUGAUCGACUAGCCAGCACCUUUUGAGCAU